AUGCCCCCCAAACGCGCAACCAGGUCUACGCCUGCGUCCACCGCGCCCGAGUCAAUCCCAGCGCAACGCACUCGAGGCCGCCCUCGACGAAACAAAGGUGCUGGUGCCGUUGCAGACGAGCCGGGCAGGGGCAUGGCGACAAGAGCGCGCGCCGCCGCCAAACCGAGCUCUUCUGCGCCUGCCGCACCGGCCAAGGACCGCGGAUCCCUCACCGCCGACCCCAUCCCGCGAAAGGGCCCGCCCCGUGACGUCGCAAAGAGUGAAUUCAACAUCUUCACGAGCCCCAAUCGCGGCCAGGCAAACAGUGAAUCACCCUCUCCCAGAUUCGACGCUGAAUUUGUCGCCGACGCUGAACCUGGCUCCGAAGAAGACUCUGGAGCUGAAGACCGUCAAGCAGAGUCUGGCGCCCAAAUCGAGGUAGAAGAUGCGCCCUUUAUGUGUCAAGGCAUCCAAAAGCUGGCCGACGCUGCCGAAAGUAUUUUCACCAAGUAUAGGGACCUCUUCACCAAGUACAGGGUCAUCUUGGACAAGAUGAAGGACAACGGCAUCUUGGCCAAGGACAGUUUGAGCGGCGCGGAUAAGGCCCAGCUUCAACGCUACAAGACCCAGCUUCGAUUCUUCGAGAUGGACAUGGGUGCUUUCACGUCUAUGCGCAACCACCUCGUUGUACACGAGUCAUAUGCGCCCUUUCUGCACUGGCUGUGGCUUGAUCGUCAAAUGCCCGACGAUGAAGCCAAAGUCCUCAAGCAUUUCUUAAUCCCAACCAACCUCGCAACCCUCGUCGAUAUCGUGUACGCAGGCGCCAAGAACGAGUUGCGCGAGGCUGGCGAGGCAGAUGUGAAUGCGCUCAAAAUUCUCGAUGACAAUUUCGAGGACCUUUUCCUGGGCGGCCGCCUGCUCCCCUUGACCAACGCCAUGGUGGACCUGGCGCUCGACGUUCGCCAAGCGUAUCUGCUCGCUGCGCUCUCCACAGCCAAGUACAACUCCGAAGCGCGAAGGAUUGUAUACGACGUCUUUUGCGGCCAGCUCGCGGACCCCUCCGAAAAGCAGCUCAAGAACACGCUUGCCAAGGGGCCUUACAGGCUCGUGGCUGGCUUGGACAAUGACCUGGUGCAGCAGCGCUGCCGCACCCGCGUCGUCGGCUUCCUGAAGCACAUUGCCGAUAACGGAGCCACCUUUGCUAACCUGGCCUCGCAUCGGGGACGCUUUCCCGCCCAGAACUUCUUGGCCUCCAUACAAGCUGUCUAUGAUCAAGAGCUCAGCAAACCAAUUCAGAUUGCGCGCCUCGCCUGGGCCCGCCUGCAGGAUCCCGCCGCGCCUGCUGCCAACGACGCCGCCUCGGAACAAGCCGAGGAAUUCCACGACGCCGCCGACGAGCUCCAAGCCAGUGCAGACGAGUCCUCGGGAGACGAGGAGUCGCAGCCCAUUACCCGUGUGCCGAAUGCGGAAGCCGACCUCCCCCUCUUCCACAGCGCUGCCGAUCUACGAGAUCUCCACGGCUUGCAGCACAGCUCACCGGUGGUGCCGCCACCUUCAAACCAGCAAGCCAGCGCCCACGGUCGCAUUCUUGCCGCUGGCCACGCUGCCGCACCGCUCCCUUCGACUUUGUCCCAUCGUCGGCGCCGCAGCCGUUCUUCUCCACCAUCAUCGCCAAUCGCUCAUCGCAAGCGCGCCCACCAGCAAGUCAGUGAUGACCGUCCCCCCGCCACCGGCGACAACGAAGACGACGAUCCCUUUGAGACGGAUGAUCGUUCUGUCAACGAAGACGCUAUUCGCGAGAAGCGGCGCCGUCAUCUUGACGCCAUGGAGGCGGAGCGUCUCGCGCUGGCGGUUGUCAAGCAGCAGCACCAAAACGAACCCUACCCGCACUCGACUCCUCCCAUGAGCACAUCCACCACGGCCGUCGGCGGUCUCACCCAGCGGUCUGAGCUACAGCGCCACGUCAUCGAAGCACCUAGACCUGCCGCCUCCCAGAGUCGCAACACGACCACUACCGUCGCCGACUACCGCAACCAGCCGCGUCCCGCGUUCCACGAGGGCGGCGUCCGCAGGCGGUACCCGUGGUCCAGCCACGACGAGCAGGUGCUCAUCAGGAGCGUCGCGCAGCACUACGGCAAGUGGAGCCGCAUCGAGGAGGAGUGCCGUGAGCUGUUUGAGCACCCGCGCGACCAGCAGGCGUACCGCGACAAGGCGCGCCUCAUGAAGACCAAGAUGCUCGUCGCCGACAUGCCGCUGCCGCCCGGGUUCAACCACGUCGCCCUCGGCCCCAAGGAGAAGAGGGAGGUCAUCAAGGCCGGCAAGAAUCCGCUCCGCCAGGAGACUGACGUGGACAUUGCGACGGGACAGGUGACGAAUACCGAGUUUGUGCCAGGCCAGGCUCUAUAG